AUGAAGGACAUUUCUAACAUUCAAGAGUUCAUUCUGGUAGGACUUUCCAGUUCUCCCGAAUAUAACAUCUUCAUCUUGGGAGCAUUUUCCUUCCUUUAUGCAGCUGCUAUGGCAGGCAACAUUCUUAUCAUCCUUGCCAUCAGCAUCUGUAGCAAACUCCACACACCCAUGUACUUCCUGCUCAUCAAUUUGUCCAUAAUAAAUGUGUGUUCUAUUUCUACUACUGUUCCCAAAAUGCUACAAACUAUUUUUACUCAGAGGAAGACUAUCACCCUUUCAGGCUGCAUUGCACAGGAAUAUCUCUUCAUCUGGGCCCUGGGGACUGAGCUCCUGCUGCUUGCAUUUAUGGCUUUUGAUCGCUAUGCUGCUAUCUGCCAGCCUUUGCGCUACACAGUCAUCAUGAAGAAAGAUAUUUGCAUUGGAGUGAUGACUGGACUGUGGCUUUUUGGUGCAAUCAAUUCUUCAGUUCAUACAGGGCUUCUGCUCCAGCUGUCUUUUUGUGACUCCAACAUCAUCAACCACUAUUUCUGUGAGCUACCACCAAUGUUCAAGAUUUCUUGCUCAGACACUAGCUUGAAUGAAAUUAUGGUUUUUGCAUCUGCUGUGAUCAUUGCAGUUGGUAGCUGUGGGCUGACUCUAACUUCAUAUUGGUUUAUCCUGAGAGCCAUCAUUAGAAUCCGUUAAACUGAAGGAAAGAAGAAAGCCUUCUCAACAUGCUCUUCUCAUCUCUUGGUUGUCACUAUUUACUAUUCCACCAUCAUCUACACUUUUCUCCGGCCUGCCUCAGCCUAUUCCCUUGAAGAAGACAAAGUGAUAGCAAUCCUUUACUCUGUAGUUACCCCUGUUCUUAACCCACUCAUAUAUUCUUUGAGAAAUGCUGAUGUGAAAGAGGCUCUCAUCAAAUUCAUAGACCAAUAUUGGAUCUUCAAGAAAAAUUAA